UAGCUGCGCUGCGGCCCGCUGCGAGGAUGUGCGCAACCAAAACGUCCGGGAUGCCUGCAACCGAGGUCACGCCCCUCCUGCGCGGCGGAGGCGGAAGCGGAAGCUCGAGUCUCUGGUCGACGGACGGGGAAGCGCUGAGUUUGACGCCGAUUGAUCCUCCGGACGAUGAGUCUGCGGGCGCCAACAAAUGGCGGAUUGCAGCGACGUUCUACGGCUUCUUUAUCGUGGGUGCGACAGAUGGGGCAUACGGGGUUAUGAUCCAUUAUCUUCGCAAAUACUACCACGCCAACUACCUCACCAUCUCCGUCCUCCUGCUCUCCCCCGUCGUGGGCUAUACCCUCGCCGCCUUCGCCAACAACGCCAUCCACACCCGCUACGGCCAGCGCGGAAUCGCCAUCAUCGGCCCCGGCCUGCAUGUUGUCGCAUUCCUCGCCGUCGCGCUGCAUCCCCCGUACCAGGUCCUCAUCCUCGUCUUCGUCCUGGCGGGCCUGGGAAGCGGGCUCGUGGACGCGGGAUGGAACGCCUGGAUCGGGUCCAUGCCUGACAGCAGCGGCAUCAUGGGCUCGCUGCACAGUUCCUACAGCCUGGGCGCGGCACUGGCGCCCGUCGUUGCAAACGCCGUCAUCACCAAGCUGGGCUGGAGGUGGUACGGCUUCUACUACCUGAUGGCGCUCGCCUCCGCCGUGGAACUCUGCUCCUCCGCCGCGGCCUUCUUCUCCAAGACAGGUGAGCAGUACCGCUUCCACCACGCAAACCCCUCAGAGCCGGAGAUCUUCCACGACCAGCCCAUCCUCGAGGACAGCCUGCCCGACAAGAAGCGGCGCAGCCCGGUGGUACAGGCGCUGGGCAACCCCUCGACCUGGCUGAUCAGCAUCUUCAUCUUCCUGUACGCCGGCAUCGAGAUCUCGCUCGCCGACUGGAUCAUGACCCUCGCCGUCGACCACCGCGCCCAGACGCCGUUCGCCGGCAGCAUGUUGACCUUCGCCUUCUGGGGCGGCCUGACCUCCGGCCGCAUCGUCGUCGGCUUCCUGAUCCCGCUCAUCAGCAGCAGUAAGGGCGUCGUCACCGCCUGCCUGACCGUCACCAUCCUCUCCCACCUCGUCUUCACCCUCCGGUCCGACCUCGUCACCUCCGCUUUCGUCGUGCCCCUGCUCGGCUUCUCCCUCGGCCCGUUGUUCCCCGAGGCCGUCAUCAUGCAGACCAAGCUGGUCGACAGGAGCCUGCACGUCGCGGCGGUCGGCUUUGCGUGCGCCCUGGGGAGUGCGGGCGGCUGCGUGUUUCCCUUCCUGGUCGGCGUGAUUGCCAAUGCGUAUGGCAUCCAGAUGUUGCUGCCCGUGGUCAUGGGGAUGCUGUUGCUGUGUUUGACGUGUUGGUGGCUACUUCCGUGUCCGGUUGAGGAUGAUGCGGAUCUCAGAACAUGGUAAUCAGAUAGAUGUGUGCAGCUAAAAUGUAAUUGUAAUAUUUAAUUCAAAUGGUAUGGUAUGGUAUUGGUUAACGUCCGGAGGGCAUAGAUCAAGAGCCUCAGCUUUGCCUAUAACCCAAGACCUCUCGAAGGAUACUAGGGACAUACUAAGCCAAGGAUUUUUGUAUAUAAAGUUCUAUGAAUAAAAGAGGCCAAAGCCAUAAGGGGG